UGAAAUCACACAGUCACUGUCACACAGAAGAGAAAUGGCGGAGAAAGGAGUUCAGCUGGAUCAGAAAAAGCUGUCGUGUUCGAUCUGUUUGGAUCUACUGAAGGAUCCGGUGGCUAUUCCCUGUGGACACAGCUACUGCAUGAGCUGUAUUAAAACUCACUGGGAUGGAGAGGAUGACAAGGAAGUCCACAGCUGCCCUCAGUGCAGACAGAGCUUCAGUCCCAGGCCUGUCCUGGUCAAAAACACCAUGUUAGCAGAUUUAGCGGAGGAGCUGAAGAAGACUGGACUCCAAGCUCCUCCUUCUGCUGCUCCUGCUGCUGACCACUGCUACGCUGGACCUGAAGACGUCUCCUGUGAUUUCUGCACUGACAGAAAGCUGAAAGCUGUGAAGUCCUGUCUGCAGUGUCUGGUCUCCUACUGCCACAAACACCUCCAGCCUCAUUAUGAUGUACCUCAGUUAAAGAAACACAAGCUGGUGGAACCCUUGGAGAAGCUCCAGGAACACAUUUGCCCUCGUCACGAUGAAGUAAUGAAGAUUUUUUGCCGCACUGAUCAGCAGUGUAUCUGUUAUCUUUGUACUGUGGAUCAACAUCUGGGCCACGACACAGUCACAUCUGCAGCGGAAAGAACUGAGAAGCAGACAGAGCUGGAGGUGAGUCGACAGAAAAUCCAACAGACGAUCAAGGACAAAGAGAAAAACAUCAUAGUGCUUCAGCAGGAGGUGAAAGCCAUCAGUCGCUAUGCUGAUGAAACAUUGGAAAAGAGUGAGAAGAUCCUCACUGAGAUGAUCCAACUUGUGGAGGAAAGACGGCGUGAUGUGAAGCAGCAGAUAAGAUCCAAAGAGGAAACUGAACUGGGCCGAGUCAAAGAGCUGGAGUCGAAGCUGGAGCGGGAGAUCGCUGAGCUGAGGAGGAAAGACGCUGAACUGGACAAACUCUCACACACAGACGACCACAACCAGUUUUUACUCCAGUAUCCAUCAGUGUCCAAACUCAGUGACCAUCCAGAUUCAUCCAGCAUCAACAUCAGUCCUCUGAACUACUUUGAGGACCUGACAGCAGCUGUGUCAGAGUUUGGAGAUAAACUACAGCCCAGUCAGAGAGAGACAGGGUCAAAGGUCUCACGGACAUUGACUAAAUCAGAUCUGUUAACAAUGAGAAAACCACAAGGUGAACCACACCUGACCAGAGCUGAAUUCUUACACUGUUCUUAUGAAAUCACACUGGAUCCGAACACCGUGAACACCGAGCUGUCGCUGUCUGAAGGAAACAAAAGGGUAACGGUUAUGGGACAAAAGCAGAAAUACGCAGAGCAUCCAUCCAGAUUCAGUUACUGGCAGCAGGUUCUGAGCAAAGAGUGUCUGAGAAAGUCUCGUGGGUGUUACUGGGAGGUGGAGUGGAUGGGGUGGAGUGGGAGUGCAGUUGCUGUAGCAGUCGCACAAAAGAAUAUUAAGAGAGACGGAAACUCUGAUCAUUGUAAAUUUGGGUUCAAUGACAAAUCUUGGGCCUUAUAUUGUACAAACAGCGGGUAUGGAUUUUAUCACAACAGAGUCAGAACUCCUGUGUCAGGUCCGGUUUCCUCCAGAAUCGGUGUGUACCUGAGUCACACGGCAGGUAUUCUGUGCUUUUACAGCAUCUCUGAAACCAUGACCCUCCUCCACAGAGUCCAGACCACAUUUACUCAGUCCCUGUACGCUGGCAUUUGGCUUACCUCUACUGGAGCCACUGCUCUAUUUACUGAACUGAAGUAGUUGGUUUACUGACUUUGUCUUUGUCAAUUUUGCUUUUUUCUUGGUCUUCUCAUAAGCUGAUUUUUAGUUUGAGUAUAUGUUAAAGCAGUGGUUCUAACCUUUUUUGGCUCGUGACCCCAUUUUAACGUCACAAAUUUCUGGCGACUCCAGGCAUUCAAAACACAGACAUUU